AUGCGACAAGACGACAGCCUAUAUACUCUUCCAUUACUUACAUUUGGAGUGAUUUUGAUGUGUCAGCUUUUGUUAUCAGAUAUCAACGGACUCGAAGGUCCCUUGUCAGACUCUAACACAGUCACCGAGGAAGUCUCGUUGAAUUCCAAAGAGAUAGAGACUCAGGAGAGUCCAAUGGCCGCCGACACUGUCUCAGUAACGGAAAUGCAAGCCCAUCAACAAGAUCGAACACACCGUUCUCGCAGUGUACACCGCCAUGAGAGCACACGCGAUAACUUAGAGUUUGACAGAAUCGAACUUCUUGAGAAACUUCUCGCAACUUACGAUGAAAACAGCCAUAGAUACAAGAGCCGUCGCGCGAACCGUAAAUGCUGCUGCAAUCAUGGCCGUCAGCAGCCGGACAAGCCUUCAGGACCCCCGACCUAUAAUCGGCUGAAUGGUGUGAUCGAGGUCGUACAUACUGGUAGCAGCUGGCAGCUACUUUCGACAAGAUGCCACAUCGAGAAGAACCAAAAUGGGCAUACUAGCUAUCUCUACGAAUAUCGCCACUGGGCAGAGUUGUAUGAACAACCCGUCCACGGCGAAUAUCGCACCAGACCACAGAUAAGCAGGGUUGAAACUCUCGACUACGUGUUCAAAGAUGUCUCAAUAACCUUUAUCACCAAAGCACCCCGUUGUGGGUAUUCGAAAGAGGUCUGGGCUGCCAUUUCGGGAAAGCCACUGCCAAUUCCAGGGUCAAUUAUUCGCAAGACUUGGGAGCACCAAGGGUCAUGUGUCGUGCGUCGAGAUCAGAUAUUGGGCCCUGGAAAGCUGAUCACUCGGGUACAGCAUCCGGACGACUCCGUGCAGCUGGACUUUUCAGCUUUCUUCUCUGGGUUACAUGACAUUGGCAGAGCACUUCUACCUUGUAUUUUCGGGGCUCUUCAGGAGGACAGCAAUCUGGAUGAGAUCGACUAG